AUGUGCUCGACACUUUUAUGUGGAUAUUGCAGCGCGGAGGAGUUUAAUAUCCUGGAGGGAGCCCAAGUUCUGGCUGAUCAAAUGAAAAAGCUGUCCACGCAGGAGCUGAGAGUCUUCAGAAUGCAGCGGACAUUCAACAAUUUUGUGUACACGGAGAAGACUUCAAACGGGGAGACGGAGGUGCAGCAGUUGGCCAAAAAGAUCCGUGAGAAGUUCAACCGUUACCUGGACGUGGUGAACCGGAAUAAGCAGGUGGUGGAGGCCUCCUACACGGCCCACCUUACGUCUCCCCUCACCGCCAUCCAGGACUGCUGCUCCAUACCCGCCUCGAUGAUGGAGUUCGAUGGAAACUUCAACGCCAACGUGUCCAAGACCAUCUGCUGUGACAGGCUGUCUCCAAACGUCAACAGCCGAGCCUUCAACCCGGGACGAGACCUCAACUCAGUGUUGGCCGACAACUUGAAGUCCAACCCUGGGAUCAAAUGGCAGUAUUUCAGUUCAGAGGAGGGCAUCUUCACAGUGUUUCCUGCCCACAAGUUCCAAUGCAAGGGGACCUACGAGCACCGCAGCAGGCCUGUGUAUGUCUCCGCUGUCCGGCCUCAGUCCAAACACAUUGUGGUGAUGGUCGACCAUGGAGCUUCCGUCACUGACACCCAGCUUCAGAUCGCCAAAGACUCUGCCCUGGUUAUUCUGAACUCCAUCGACGAGCACGAUAAAAUAUCCAUUUUGUCAGUGGCAGACACAGUUCGGACCUGUUCUCUAGACCAGUGUUACAAAUCGCUGCUCUCUCCAGCCACUAGUGAGACCAAGAGGAAGAUGGCCACCUUCAUCUCCAAUAUAAAAGCAUCUGAUGGCUACACGCAGCACGCAGCAGGGUUCCAGAAGGCCUUUCAAGUGCUGCGCAACACAACCAGCCUCACCAAGCACCCCACGAUGUUUAACUCGGUGACGGCCACAGACAUGGUGAUCAUGUACCUGUCGUCCGGCAUCACGUCGCGGGAGUCGUCUGAGCAGGAAAAGAGAGCCACGCUCAGCGUGGUUCGAGAAGAGAACCGGCUGCUCAACAACUCCGUCAUGAUCCUCACCUAUGCACUCAUGAACGAGGGCGUGACUGGACUCAAGGAGCUGGCCUUCCUCAGAGACCUGGCCGAGCAGAACUCUGUGAAGUACGGCAUGGAGCGGACGUAUGACCGCGAGCGCUUUCUGGCCGUGUCGUCCUCUGGCUCGGUGAGCGGCUCCAUGAUGCCCGUGGUGAAGGGGAGCAUGAUGGUCCUGAAUCAGCUCAGUAACCUGGAGACCACCGUGGGACGCUUCUACAUCAACCUGCCCAACCGCAUGAUCGACCUGGCCCGCUUCAGCCUGCCCUACACGGACCCCAUGGGAGACGGGUUCAUUAUGACCGUGAGUCGGCCCUGUUACUUUGGAAACCUGCUCUUGGGCGUGGUCGGGGUGGACGUGAACCUGGCCUACAUUCUGGAGGAUGUGACGUACUAUCAGGACUCGCUGGCCUCCUACACCUUCCUCAUAGACAACAAAGGCUACACUUUGAUGCACCCGUCCCUGACCCGGCCGUACCUGAUGACGGAGGCUCCCCUGCACACAGACAUCAUUCACUACGAGAACAUUCCAGGAUUCCCCGCAGUUCGACAGAAUAUUCUCAGCCUUCCUUUGGGCAGUCAGAUCAUCUCCGUGCCGGUCAACUCCUCGCUGUCCUGGCACAUGAACAGACUGAGGGACAACACUAAAGAUGCCUAUAACGUCAGCUACGCCUGGAAACUGGUCCAGGAUACGUCGUUCAUCCUCUGCAUCGUCUUCGUGCAGCCGGAGAUCCCGGUGAAGCAGCUGAAGAACAUGAACACAGCUCCCAGCUCCAAACUGCUCUACCAUCGCCUGGACCUGCUCGGCCAGCCCAGCUCCUGCCUGCACUUCAAACAACUCGCCACUGUCGAGUCGCCCACCGUGAUGCUGUCCGCUGGCAGCUUCUCCUCUCCGUACGAGCACCUGAGCCAGCCCGAGACCAAGCGGAUGGUGGAGCACUACACCGCCUACCUGAGCGACAACACCAGGCUCAUCGCCAAUCCUGGCCUCAAGUCCUCGGUCCGGAACGAGGUGAUGGCGACCAGUCACGUCACGGAUGAGUGGAUGACACUAAUGGAAAUGAGUAACCUCAACUGCUACAUUGUGCGUCGUUACAUAGCAACGCCCAGUGGGGUGCUCCGGAUUUACCCGGGCUCUCUGAUGGACAAAGCCUUCGACCCGACGCGCCGACAAUGGUACCAGCAUGCUGUGGCAAACCCGGGCCUCAUCACUUUCACUGGGCCGUACCUGGAUGUGGGUGGAGCUGGUUACGUGGUCACUAUCAGCCACACUAUCCAUGCCUCUAGCAGUCAGAUGGCCCCUGGUUAUGCAGUUGCCGUGAUGGGAAUAGACUUCACCCUCCGCUACUUCUAUAAGGUGCUGCUGGACCUACUGCCUGUCUGCAACCAGGACAAGGGCAACAAAAUCAGGUGCUUUAUAAUGGAGGACAGGGGUUAUCUCGUGGCACAUCCAACUCUGAUUGAUCCCAAAGGCCACGCCCCCGCGGAACAGCAGCACAUCACGCACAAGGAGCCGCUGGUGGCAAACGAUAUUCUCAAUCAUCCAAACUUUGUCAAGAAAAAUCUGUGCAAUAGUUUCAGCGACCGCACAGUGCAGCGCUUCUACAAGUUCAACACCAGCAUAUUGGGGGACCUCACUAACUUGGUCCAUGGAAGCCACUGCUCUAGGUAUCGCCUCACCAGGAUCCCAGGAACCAACGCCUUCGCCGGGAUCGUCAACGAGACGUGCGACUCGCUGGCCUUCUGCGCCUGCAGCACCGUGGACCGCCUCUGCCUCAACUGCCACAGAAUGGAACAGAACGAGUGUGAAUGUCCGUGUGAGUGUCCCCUGGAGGUCAAUGAAUGUACGGGCAACCUGACCAACGCUGAGAACAGGAACCCGAGCUGCGAAGUGCUUCAGGAGCCGCUCAGUCUGAACGUGAUUGAACCCAGUUUGCACGACACGCUGCCUCAGUGCAUCAACACCCGCUGCAGCCAGCGCUUCACCAGCAGUGAUUGUUUCGGGGUUCUGGACUGUGAGUGGUGCAUGGUGGACAGCGACGGGAAGACCCACUUGGACAAGCCCUACUGUGCCCUGCAGAAGGAGUGCUUUGGGGGAAUCGUAGGAGCCAAGAGCCCCUAUGUGGACAACCUGGGACUAUUGGAAGAAGACGUGGCCUCUCUGAACAUGAUCAAGAGCGCCCCCGUGGGCCCGGUGGCGGGAGGUAUUAUGGGAUGCAUCAUGGUGCUGGUGCUGGCAGUGUACGCCUACAGACACCAGAUCCACAGACGCUCGCACCAGCACAUGUCGCCGUUAGCAGCUCAGGAAAUGUCGGUGAGAAUGUCCAACCUUGAGAACGAGCGAGAUGAGAGGGAUGAAGACAGUCACGAGGACAGAGGAAUUAUCAGUAACACCAGAUUUAUUGCCGCCGUCAUCGAGAGGCACACGCACACCCCCGAGCGGCGGCGGAGGUACUGGGGCCGGUCGGGCACAGAGAGUGACCACGGCUACAGCACCAUGAGCCCGCAGGAGGACAGCGAGAACCCGCCGGGCAACAACGACCCGCUCUCCGCCGGCGUGGACGUGGGUAACCAUGACGACGACAUGGACCUGGACACGCCCCCGCAGACCGCCGCGCUCCUCAGCCACAAGUUUAGCCACCCGUACAGGCACGCGCACUCCAGCCACCACCAGCACCAGCCCCUGCACACGCACCACCUCCAGGCCGCCGUCACCGUGCACAGCGUGGACGCCGAGUGCUGA